CGAUGUAAACUGUCUUUUAACCAGACUGAGCAGUUGUCUUUGGCAGAGGAGAGGACGAAGAGAGAGAGAGGGGGGGGUCGUGUUUGCCAGCAGUACGAACCAGCAUGUAGUGAGUCUGUAGAGUUUUUAUGUUCCGUAUUUUCUUUGCAAUAUGAAGAAUGGAAGAAGACGACGUUACUAUCAGAGAGCAGAAUUUCCACAGCCAAGUUCGGGAGUACAUCAUUUGCUUUCUCCUGUUUGCAGUCCUCUACAUUGUGUCCUACUGCAUCAUAACCAGAUACAAGAAGAAGAGUGAUGACCAUGAGGAUGAAGAUGCUGUUGUCAAUAGAAUAUCAUUAUACUUGUGCACCUUCACCCUGGCAGUGUCGGGUGGUGCCGUCUUCCUACUGCCGUUCUCAAUCAUUAGUAAUGAGAUCCUCCUCUCCUUCCCCAAAAACUAUUACAUUCAGUGGCUCAAUGGCUCCCUCAUUCACGGUCUGUGGAACCUGGUGUCACUGUUCUCCAACCUUUGCCUCUUUGUCCUGAUGCCCUUUGCCUAUUUCUUCCUGGAGUCUGAAGGAUUCGCUGGAUCGAAAAAGGGCAUUAGGGCACGUAUUCUUGAGACCUUUGUGAUGCUCUUCCUGCUGGCUUUGCUCAUUCUGGGCAUUGUGUGGGUGGCAUCAGCGCUCAUUGACAAUGAUGCAGCCAGUAUGGAGUCGCUCUACGAUCUUUGGGAAUUUUACCUACCAUACCUCUACUCCUGCAUAUCUCUGAUGGGAGGACUGCUUUUAUUAAUGUGCACUCCCGUGGGAUUGUCCAGGAUGUUCACCGUCAUGGGCCAGUUACUAGUAAAACCAACAAUCCUGGAGGACCUGGAUGAGCAGAUUUACUGCAUCCAUUUGCAGGAGGAAGCCCUUCAGAGGAGAUUAAACGGAUCGUGCACACACACUUAUACUCGAGGAAGCUUUACUCACCAGCUCAACAAAGAACUGGACAAUAUUAGAAAUCAGAGGAAUAAAUUGGAGAGAAGAAAGAAAGCAUCAGGUUGGGAGAAGAACUUGUUGUAUCCCAUAGUGAUGCUGAUCCUCCUCACAGGAACGACAAUCUCAGUUCUUAUGGUGGCAUUGAAUAUCCUUUACCUUCUAGUGGAUGAGACUGCCAUGCCCAAGGGAUCCACAGACAGAGGCAUCGGGAACACCUCUCUGUCCACGUUUGGCGUGGCUCAGGCAGCACUGGAGAUCAUCCUCAUGUUCUACUUGAUGGUGUCCUCUGUCGUUGGCUUCUACAGCCUGAGAGUCUUUGAGGUACUCACUCCCAGGAAGGAUGACACAACCAUGACAACGAUCAUUGGCUGUUGUGUGUCCAUCUUGGUCCUGAGUUCAGCCCUGCCGGUGAUGUCCAGAACUCUAGGCAUCACCAGGUUUGAUCUCUUGGGAGACUUCGGAAGGUUUAAUUGGCUGGGAAACUUUUACAUUGUCCUUUCAUACAACAUGCUGUUUGCGGUUGUGACAACACUCUGUCUUGUGAGAAAAUUCACCUCUGCAGUACGGGAAGAGCUUCUAAAGGCCUUAGGUCUGGAUAAAUUGCAACUGUCAAACAGCCCCACAGACCCUGAAUCUGGGAAGCUCUCGGCCAACGGGCAUCAGAAAACUCUGUGAAAGGGACGAUAGAUCAACACACACAUACACACACACACACACACACACACACACACACACACACACACAAACACACACCUUAGCACAGCCAAAGGGAGAUUUCGACAGUACUGCCUGACUGCUGAAAGGUGAAAGGGAUUGGAAGGAACUUAAUAAACCCAGGCAGUGUCUGACGGAUGCUGCAAAUGGAGGCUGAGAGCAAUUUAGCUUCGUGACAUUCCAUCCUCUGCGUCUCGGAUGGAAGCUGGGACAGAGCCAGGGAUGAGACUGAGGAGUGAAAUAGACUGGCAUCACUGCAGUGACCUUGAUGUUGACCUCAACCGCGACUGUGACUUUAAACCACCCAUCUCUUGCUUCCGGGGCACUCUCCCCCCUCCCAGCAUCGCUACCUGUUUUUAUUCUAUAACAUCCUCACCACUGCACUAGACUAAAGCAAGAGGGUAUAGCAGGUGAAACAAUGUCUUAUUUCUGAGUCUUACAUCUAACUAAAAGGCAAUGGGUUCUUUUCCAUCACCCUGUUCCCUCUUCCUUACUCAUUAUAAUAACUAGACCCCCACAAUUCAGUCUCAUUUUUUUAAUGUCAGUACGUCCCCGGUAAGAGGUGUCAGUGAUACAUGGAGCAUUUGCAGUUUAUGGUCUCUAAUUAUUGGUCUUUGAUUGUUACGUGAACUGAUACAGGCAUGAUAAGGUGUCGAUAUUUCAUUUUUGAUUCAAGCUCAAAAUGUGAAAAUAACAAAAUGUGCUUUGUGAAGCAUUUAAGAAAUAUCACUCAUCACAGCCAGUACAUAAAACUGCACGGCAAUAUGAUUAACGUUAUAUGCAUUGGCGCUGUCAUUACUGAUAGGCCUCAGAUUUUAGCACUCCUGCUGUCAUUUGUCUUUUUAUUUGGCUUUACUCAAGUGCGCUUUAACUUUAUUGAUGAUGUCAUUAGUUUGUAUGAAGUAGGGUAAGAACUUUUUUUAGGUGCUCUAGAUUAGACUUGAGCUACUCUACAAAUGGGAAACUAUAUGGGAAUCGUAUCUAUGAGCAGAAAGCUUUAGUGCAUUUGGAGCUGAUCCUGUGGUUGUAUUCCUAAAAUUUUAUUAUGCACAUGGUAAGAAAAUGUCAUCGCAUUUUUGCUUAUCCCAAAAAAAAAAAAAACCUAUUUUAAAAUUCACAGGGCACAGAAAGAUUUGUCCAUUUUUUUUGGUCAUUUUUGUAAAUGUUGUAUUUACAUGUACAUAUUAUAUUGUGUUUCAUACCUCUUUUGCAUUAUCUGGAUGUAAAUAUUGGGCUCUCACUGAUCCCACAGAGGGUCUGACUCACUAAGCAAUCUGUAUUUUGUUGUACAUAUUUUUUUUAUAAAACACCUAAAUCUAAUGCAAACCUGUAACAGUCUUCACAUACAGAAUGCAUGAGUGAAAAAUGUGCAACUUUGCAGCCGUUAGAGAGACUUGGUGACUCAGGCCCCAUUUACAUGUUGUAUUGCUGCAUAAUCUUCUGAACUGUGAUGUUCUUUGUCUUCAGAACCACCUUAAAUGCCUUAAACGACAAGCAUCUCGCAGGCUUAAUGUUAAGGUUGUUUCUUGUUCUGUGUUGUUUAUGUACAUGUAAAUGUACAUCGUCUCUAGACAGUUCCACUGUGAUCCCCUGUGCGCCACCAAGUUUUUUAGUCUACAGCCAGCUGGAUAUAACAUACACAUUGCUAUUGCUAUGAAUGUUGUCACAGUAGCUCUUAUGUAGUGAGAGGCUCCAUUUUGAGACUCGUGCAUUACCCAUAAAACUUGAGCACUCGCUAGGAUAGGGUUGAUUGUUCGAAUGGUGUCGUUUUUAUGGUGUUAUAGAUGUCAUUUGUUUUCAUGAUGACAAAAGAAAAGGAAGUAAGGAAAUUUUAAUUUAUAUAUGCAUUUGAAACUUUUAUUUCUUAGGGCAGGGAAUGUUUUACAUGAAAGCUGUCUGCCAUUGGUUGUUGCUAUAUUACAAAGACUGGAUUUAAAGAAAAGUUUGCAACUCUCAAUCACAAAACUCAUGCUGAAGCCAUCCUGUCAAAUGAGCAAAGCGGACCUGAGAAUGUUUUGUAAAGGAUGACAUACAUAUAAUGGCCCUUACCAUCCCAAACCCAAAAGUCUGAUCACGACAUCUUUCAAAAACCAGAAACAGGUUUUGAGAGAUCUCGUUUUAAGAGUGCAGGUUUAUCCAAAUUCUUAACUGGUAGAUAUUCUGAAACAUUAGGAACGAUUCAUUUGUGUAGUGCUUGUCUACGUCUAUUUUAUCAACGAAAGGACCAUUCUGAUAUUUGGAUACUGUGAAAAAUCAAAUAUAGCCCAAAGUGAUAUUGCAAAGUAAAAAGUAUGAUACUGUAUAUUGGCAAAAUUUUAACUGCUGGAUGAAUUAGUGAAAGUAAACAAACUCAAAUGGCUUGAGGUGGAUUUUUUUUUUUUCCAUCAGCUCCAUCAUAGUUGUGCAUACAUCCACUCAGCUGCAGAGUGUGGUAACACUGGGCUCUGCGAUGCUUAGCAGGGACGUGUCACACACGUCCCAAUCAUACUCCUCGCAGUAGCUUCUGAGGUAAGAACUCAGAGGGCCAUUUUCUAUUCAAGCAAGCAGGUUGCCUUUACAGUACAUCUCUAUGUUGUAUGGGGGUUUCAAAAGUUGAGAGUUAGCCUGUACUGCAAGUGAAGCAGCUUUUUUUCUGUAUGUCAGUUGGUCUCUGCAUGUCAUUUUUGGUACACGUUUUGUGAAUGUAUUUUUUACAGUUUCUCAGUUUGCUAAAUGUAUGUUUUGUUAUUUUUGAUGUUUUUUGUGUGUUUGCAAAUAAAAGUAGAAAAAUG